UGGGACAACGCUAAUGAAAAGCUGUUAAGUUUACCUUCCACGUUUAUCAAGUCCAGAAUACUUGGUCGGACAGGUUGAUAUUCAGUGAAUAGAGAUGUCUUUGAUUUGCGGGAGAGAUUUGUGGAGAUAUAUACAUACAUGUAUUUGCCUACCGCGUGAAUCCCUGAUGUCUUGGAGAAGAAUCCUUGGAUUGAUGGUUGUCGUCACGUUGAUCAUUUUCCUGUUCAACCUCAAGAUCCUGAACUUCGGGAAUGACAAAGUACACCAGCGCUUGAAACCUGCUUCAUCCAGGUAUACUGGAAAGACGAAAUCAACUGCUAGAUGUAAUCAGGUAACUCCGCAUCGGGUUCAAAUGAACUGCGAAAAAUGGGUGGUGGUCACCACGAUCUUCAAUUUGACCGACGCCGUGAAAGACCUACUGAAGAUGCCAAAGUGGUGUAUGGUACUGGUCGGUGACAAGAAAGGCCCAAAAGAAGUACCGUCAUUUCCCAAUCUGAUCUUCCUAGACGUUGCCUGGCAAGAGCGCUGUCCGUACCAUAUCUGCCAGCAUAUUCCAUGGAAUCAUUUCAGUCGCAAAAACAUUGGCUUCAUGUACGCCGUGGCUAACGGGGCCAAUUGGAUAUACGAUACCGACGACGACAACUUCCCCAAGUUUCCUAAAGCCGAGCCGCUUUUGGAUUCGUCGAUCAGAUUUGAUCUAAUACAGGUCCCUGGACACGUGUACAAUCCCUACAUUCCAUAUAUCAAACCCAACACAACCUUUUGGCCGAGGGGGUUGCCACUGGAUAAAAUCAAAGAUUCCGACACGAAGAACAUGAAAGUGAUCGGUACCGUCAAACCAGAAAAGGUCGCAGUGAUUAACUAUUUAGCCCAAACCGACCCCGACGUUGACGCGAUCUACAGACUGACGCAGAAAAUUCCUUUUCAGUUCGAGAUGGUGGAGAAGUAUUACGCUCUACCGCAUUACAUCAUGUCACCCUACAACGCCCAGGCAACGAUGCAUGCACAGUUCGCCUUUUGGGGUCUGCUUCUGCCGGCAAGCGUAGACGGGCGUGUCUCGGAUAUAUGGCGGUCGUAUUUCACUCAACGGUUAGUCUGGGACACCGACGGUCACAUCGCUUUCGGUCCGCCAUACGUCAAUCAAAUCCGCAACGCGCAUUCGUAUAUGGUCGAUUUUCACAAUGAAAUGGAUGUCUACCUUAAAACCAGCAGACUGAUCAAAUUCCUGGUGAACUGGAUCCCGAAAACCGUUUCGUUGGCGCAGAACAUGAUCGACCUUUACAUAGAACUCUACCAAAUCGAUAUUAUCGGGAGGGCCGAUAUCGAUUUAGCCAUAGCUUGGAUACGCGAUCUGGAAUGUGUCGGCUAUACCUUUCCGCCAGUCAAAGUUGCGAAAGUCUACGUGUAAUAUGUAAAGAGCAAGCUCUAGUGAACUCACACAACUGUUUGACAUGGGGGAGCCCCCCAAACCCCCGUCCUUCUGACAUAUUUAGCCAGUACAUUGGGGGAUGAGUCCCCCAAACACCCUCCCCGUUCUCUGAAAGUGACAGGUUUUAGUCAGUACAUUGGGGGGAAGGCCCCCCCCAACCCCCCCCAUUGGACUCUAAAAAUAGAAUUCCUUGGAGACGCUGAACAAUAAGGCCCCAUAAAGAAAUAGUCCCCGCCCCGGUAGCUGUCUCAUAUCUGCUGAAAGAAGCAGCUCUUUGUGGUGAAAUAAUAAUUGAAUGCAUGUCAUGACUCCCAGGAGCUUUUUCUCAUUUCUGAAACAGUUGCAUGGUUGGAAUGAAUUGCCAAAUCAGUCCGUCAAAUCUCUAUGCAAUGAAAAUUGAAAUGUCACAACUGUCUCCACCGACGUUGUCCUGUAUGUCCUAGCAGACGAUUUUUAAAUAAAUGAUGUGAUUGAUAUACCAUUGGAAUGAAUUAUUUCUUCAAUGAUAUGAAAGUUGAAAACCCUCUGACAUGUCUGAGUACAAAAAUGCAGAGGCAAGACACAUCAUGCAUGUCAUGACACCCAGGAGCUUUUUCUCAUUUCUGAAACAGUUGCAUGGUUGGAAUGAAUUUCCAAAUCAGUCCGUCAAAUCUCUAUCCAAAUGGAACUUUAAGACCACUCUAUAAUUGUGCGGUAGUGUUAAAACUGACUUUUUUGAAGUAAAGUACGUAAAUCGAGAAGAAUAGGACGUUUGCUUUGGUCUGCAAUAAAAUGUCACAUCUGUCUCCGCCGACGUUGUCCUGUACAUAUGUCCUAGCAGACGAUUUUUAAAAUCAUGAUGUCCCACACCCGCACUUCAGUGGCGCCGGUGUGAAUAAAUCUACUUGCGUGAAUGGUCAAUGGCUCAUGACGUCAUGAAAUAAUUGCGUCACGAGGAAGGAAACAAUGGGAAUCAUGGUAACUGUGGUUGCGGUGCGUCGUGAAAGCAGGAUCGGCAAGCGCAGCCCGUAUGGAAUGCAACAAACUGUACCGGAACCGGAACUGUCAUGGGUCUGCACAAAUUUUUUCAGAUUCGAUGGACAUGAUGG